AGACCGUGCCGGUGGCUAUGGGAUGCCAGCUGCUGCUGUCGUGGUAAAAGUGGACAGGCAGGCACGCAGGCAUGGCAUGGAGCUUGGCACGAAGAAAGACGAGCACGAGGAGGAGGAGAAUGCAGAAGAAGAGCCUCUGAGGCAAGAAAACGAACGAGAAAGGCGCCGCCGCCCCGCCCCGCCCCGCCCCAGUGGCAGCCCAGCGGCGAAGAAUGUCGAGCCUGUUCCGUUGAGGAACACGGUGGGCACGUCCCGUCCCGUCCCGUCCCCACGGAGAAAGCAGGAGCAGGAGCUGCAGUCGGGACUCGAUGUUGGUGUUGACAGCUGAACUGCCGUCACACGAAGAGAGCGACGUCGAGCCCGGGAAUUGCACAAUUGUCGUCAGCUUCGGGCAGCUGUUCCUUCAGGAUCGGGAUUGAUCGAGGGGCAGGGGCGGGGGCGGGGACAGGGACAGGGACAGGAGGGCCGGGGUCGUUGCGGGAGUAUGAGGAAUGCUGGCGGAGGGGGCAGUGGCAUUCACGAUCAAGAACGAGACGUCGAUGCGGAGAAAGAUGAGAAGGUGAAGAUCAACAGAUCGCCCAAGGUCCCCGUCCGACUUCCAGCGAUUGUCGUUGCGUCGAUUCUUACCCUUUUCACCAGCUCCCAGGGAGUUUUGACAACCCUGUCUCAAACUGACGGAGGUUACACAUAUGAUUAUGGCACUGUCCCUUUUCUCGCCGAAUUACUCAAGCUCGGUGUAAGUGCAACUCUGCUAUGGAGGGAAAUGAGGAGAGGCGGGCCGGUAAAACUCACCAAAGACUGGAGGAGUAUUCGUUUGUUCCCGAUCCCUUCUAUCAUCUAUGUUGUCCACAACAAUAUUCAGUUUGCAACACUCACUUAUGUCGAUACGUCCACUUACCAGAUUUUGGGGAAUUUGAAAAUCGUUACAACUGCCAUCCUUUUCAGGACCUUUCUGAAGAGAAAACUCUCGAAAUUGCAGUGGAUAGCAAUUGUACUUCUCACAUUAGGAACGACAACCAGUCAGUUGAAAGGAUGCGGAGCAAAAAGCUGUGAAGGACUUCUGGUAGCCCCUAUUCAAGGAUACCUAUUGGCUAUUCUAUCUGCUUGUCUCUCUGCUAUGGCAGGUGUCUACACAGAAUAUUUGAUGAAGAAAAAUGAUGAUUCUUUACACUGGCAAAACGUGCAGCUCUACUCGUUUGGAGUGCUCUUUAAUGGCAUGCGGCUUUCUGGAGGUGAUUUUAACGAGGGCUUCAGUAAUGGAGUUUGGUUUGCUCGUCUUUUCUCCGGCUAUAACUUCGUGACUUUGCUGGUGGUACUCAAUUUGGGCUGUACUGGUCUGUUGGUAUCGUGGAUCAUGAAGUUCGCCGACAACAUUGUGAAGGUCUAUGCUACGUCGAUGGCAAUGCUGCUAACCAUGGUGCUGUCAAUUAUUCUGUUCAACUUCGUCCCCACUCUUCAGCUCUUCAUCGGUAUAGCUAUAUGUGGCAUAUCGUUACAAAUAUAUUUUACGCCACCACAGCAAUUGGUAGAGCAGCCUACUAUACCAAGGUAGUAUGUGAGAGCACAGUGCAUUUUGGAAUGCAACUAGCAGCAGCUUGAUGGGGUCUUCCCAUCAUUUCUAUCUCCUUGUCCAUGGUUCUCGCUAGCAGCAGCUGAAAAAGAGAACGAAGAGGACCACAUGGCGGGAAUCGAUAUUCAAAGAGGGCUUUACUUUCGACAACGCUGCUCAGGCUGAAACUAGGCACUUUUACUCAGAAGGUUAGAGAUGGAGGAGCAGAGGAGCUCCAUCUCAUUUUUGGACAAGCACCAACAGCCUUCUGAAAUCAGAAGGCUGUUGUUACGAACUUUUGAGUCAGAGAGCCAAGAACAUUUUAUGAGAUGUUUUUGCAAUGACCUUAAAUUUGUUCGUCACAUCAGAGGAGCUCAAGUCCCAUUGGCGAAACAGCCAAAUUCGAUCUGUCCAAGAACAAACAAAAGCGAAGAAUCACCAACGCCAACUGGCUACAACUGAAGUCGGUGAACAGAGUCUUGCUGUCCGGACUGAAAACUUCCUCACAUUUAUGAGUCAAGUAUUGGUACCUUGGUCCAGCAACAGCAAUACGUUCUCUGUAAUCAGUGAACCACGGUACCCGGUUGAGAAUCUUAUACAAGGACACAAUAAUGCAACUACAUCUCAUAAUGCCAUUUUUCCAAAUUUUCCUAACAGGAGGCACAGCGCGGAAUACUGAUGCAAUAUCUGGUCCAGAACUUGUACGGAAAUAGGAUAUCCGGGAUAACCGAAGUGAAAAUUUUGGUGGCAGGGCAAGGAAUAAGACUGAGAAGUAAAAGACAUCUGCGGCACGAUGUCGAGUUAUGCCGCCUUGAAAAUUUGAAGUCGACUAGUUUGUUAAGACCAUCAUGUGCUAUGGAGGAAAGAAAUGCAAAACACGGCAGAGACAAAGAUGAUCUAGAGAGACGAAGUGAGAGUUACUUGGAGAGGAGAGAAAUGAUGACAAUGGUGCAACUGGAGGGAGAUCUUCUAACUUUGUCUUCUGAUGAAAUGUCAUUAGACAGAUAAAUAUGUAUUGAGAAGGGUGGGGUGUACAAACUGAGUUGAAAUGC